AUGCUUAAUCUGAUUCGUGGAAACCUCAACGCGGCCCAAUACCGAGCUGCGUCGUUUCGCAAGGAUGCCGUGCUCCAGAUCGUGGCGGGACCCGGUACCGGCAAAACCAAGACGCUGGUGAGCCGAGUAGCUCAUCUACUAGAACAAGGUGUGCCCGCUCGAGGAAUUGUGGUGACGACCUUCACAAACAAGGCCGCUGACGAGCUGAAAGAACGACUGGGGGCUCUGCUAGCAGACUCGAAGACAAACUUUUCGCUAGUCAAGGCAGGCACGUUUCAUUCCAUCUGUUAUAAACUGUUACAGAAGCAUGGGGAUAAGGUAGGACUGCGGCCCAAGUUUGGAGUGGCUGACGACGCUCAGCAAGUGGCACAUUUGAAGAGGGUCCAGAAGCAGCUGAAGACAAUGGAGAAACAAAAGAAGGGCAAGAAGACGGAGGCAGAUGAGGAGGAACCAGACACGUUGUCAAAAUCAGGAUCAGGAUCGGAGUCUGAAUUCUCAUCGCUGUACUCGCCGUUCAAGAUGAAGAGUUACAUUUCAGAGCUCAAGGUAAACAUGACUUCGGAUGACUCAGACGACGCUCUCCGACUUUAUCAAAAACAACUGGAAAUGUCUAACCACAUUGAUUUCGACGACAUUCUCACCAAGACAGCCGAACUGAUCAGGAAGCACCCAGAGGUGGUCUCAGAGGUUGAGACAGUCCUGGUAGACGAGUUCCAAGACACAAACAAGAUCCAGAUGGAACUAGUGGACCUGUUCUCUCGUCACACACCGCAAAGAUCAAUCACAGUCAUUGGAGACCCCGACCAAAGUAUCUACAAAUUCCGAUUUGCUACAGAAAGGAACUUUCAGGAGAUGAGAGACAUGUACCCAGACACAGAGGUCGUGUUUCUGACAGAAAAUUACAGAUCUACAGACCCAAUCCUGGCUAUAGCAGAAGAGGUUAUUUCACAAGACGCAUCGCGAUACGGCGGGUGUGGACAAUCACGCAAGCUGGUGGGUCAUUCAGACUUUGCUGUCACUCCCGAGCUAACCAAGUACGCCAACAAGUAUAAGGAAGCAGUUGGAGUAGCCGAGACAAUUCGGGACUUGCGAAAGGUGACAAAGAAUAGGCUGCCUCUCAGCUCUAUUGCAAUCCUAUGUCGUACCAAUAGACAGGCUUCCAUGUUCGAGGAAGCUCUAGUGGCUGGUAACACGGCCUGUUAUCUUGCUGAAGGAGGAGCCAAUUUUUGGGACAAAUCGCAUAUUCGUAUUGUGUUAAACUACCUACGAUGUGCUUACUCAGAUGAGGAUCGAUCGGCUUUUAUGGAAGCUAUGAACAACCCUCGUCGAAGGCUCUCAGGUAAGACUGCCAUGUUGAUCUCACAGUAUUUAGAUGACAACUACGGAGGUCCAAACUCAGUGUAUGAUCUUUUACACGAUGCUGCCCAUCGAAAGGGUCUGCUAAAUAUCACCCAGCCUUCUUUCGAGGGUCUUCGACAGUUUAUGGACCAUAUUGAUCAUCUCAGGGACCUUAUCAACAGCAAGGAGUAUUACAUGGAUGAGGUUAUUGAGUAUCUUCUGGACAAAGUGGGACUGGAUGAAUACAUUACUACAAUGGGAGUUCGUGAAAAGGCAUACGAGCGUCUUUCUGAAGUUGGUCAGAUCUCUGAUCGGUUUUCUGUCAUCACUGAGGCUGCAGACAAUAAUCUGUGGGACAAUGAGGUAUCUGGAGAUAUCAGUGAGCAGUUAUCACCCCUAGGACAGUUUCUCAACGCACAGGCUCUCCGGGCUGAUAACUCUGGUAACGCAGAGAAUGGUGUUAUCAUUUCCACCAUCCAUAGGGCCAAGGGUCUCGAAUGGCCAGUUGUGUUCGUCCCUAAUCUUCUCGACGGCGAUCUUCCCAUGCGGAUGCCCGACACUGAUAUCGACGAGGAGAGACGACUUUUCUUCGUUGCACUGACACGUGCCAAGCGUCUGUUGUACAUGUCGUACUCGCGUGAAGGUGAGCCCAGUACUUUCAUUACCGAAAAUGUGUCUGCUCUCACAUCUACUCCGACUUGGACCACUGAGUCUGUCAACAUGCUUCUCGGUUCGCUGGGUCUGGAAGAAAUUGAUGAGAUGGGUAGCAAGUCCAAGACUAAUGCCACCCCACCUGGGGGCUUCUCUGGGUUCACCACGGCCUCUCAGUUGCUGAAGGAUAAGGCCAAGCAGUCCAUCACUCGAUCUGCAGGCUUCAAGCGCACUUCUGAGUUGGAUUCUGAGCUACCUGCAACCAAAAAGAUGUCUCCGGUUGCAGCCGCUUCGAUAAAAUCCACGACUAAACGCAAAUCGAAUGCCAAAGGCAAGGCCCAAAGCAGCAUUUUCAGCUUCACAAAGAAUUCUACUGUCCCUCCAGCUCCUGAAGAUCGUAAGGGUCACAGUGAGCUGUUGAAGACGCUACCCAAAGGGACAGAAAUCAAAUACAGAGAGAAAGUGGAGAAAUAA